AUGAAGUUACUAGACGUGAAAGCCGUUCUCGACCGGGAAACCAACAUCCAGCACGCCGAUCCUGAACGUGAAGUCCUAAGGGAACUUGAUGUCAAAGGCACUCGUUAUGCGAUACUGUCGCAUCGCUGGGGCGACGAGGUCGGUUACGAAGAGAUGACUGGGCUGAUGAAGAUGGAGGAGCAUAAGAGGAACAAGGUCAGGCAGCGUGACGGCUACCAAAAGAUCAUCUGGAGCUGUAAGCAAGCGAUGAAGGAUGGCUACAAGUGGUUGUGGAUUGAUACCUGCUGUAUCGACAAGCGGAGCAGCUCUGAACUGUCGGAGGCCAUUAAUUCGAUGUAUCGGUGGUACCAAAAUGCACAUGUGUGCUAUGCGUACCUCAGCGAUGUUGGCCACUCGGUCUUCUCUAUUGAACGAGAUUCUGGCAAGUUUGGAGAGCUCUAUGGUUGGUCGGAAUGGUUCAUGCGAGGCUGGACGCUGCAGGAACUCAUUGCACCUAAGCAAGUCGAAUUCUUCAACAAGCACUGGACGCCUAUUGGCAGCAAGCAUCGCCUUGCUCCCACAUUGGAGGAAAUCACAGGAAUUCCUUGCGAAGUUUUGACAGGUGGCUUGGCUGCGAAGCGUCUCUGUGUCGCACAAAUCAUGUCGUGGGCAGCUGACCGGAAGACGACACGCGUGGAAGAUCGAGCAUACUCGCUGAUGGGGCUGUUCAAGGUUAACAUGCCGAUGUUGUACGGCGAGGGGGAGAAGGCAUUUCAGAGGUUACAGCUGGAGAUCAUUCGCGUAUCCAGCGAUCACAGCAUAUUUGCAUGGGAUCCCUUGGGAAUGAUUCGGCGGUCGGGCAGUGUCCUGGCAGACGAUCCGAGUGACUUCCGGUAUUGUGGCAACAUCAAAAAGGUGGAACCCGGUGAAUUCGUCGACAGACUAAUGGAGGAGACCGAAGAGAACGAACUUGGCAGCCCCUGGUACAUCCGGCGUGGCUCCUCAGAGAUCUCGACCAACCCAGUACACUGGUGCAGACUUGCUUGGUUGAGAUGGCGUGCCCGAUCGCUCAGCCAGCAAUUCCGCACGUUCUCUGUCAACAAUGCAGGUAUCCAAGUGUGCCUUCCUGUCAUUCCCCUUCCCGACUCUCCAUGUCAUUUCAGGGCGAUACUGGCAUGUGGUUAUGGUUUCGGUCUGUUCACCAUCGAUUUGGUACUCUCUGGAUCCAGCUUUGACAGGACCUUUCGCAUCGCGGAAACUCCCAAGACAUAUCCAGCAUUCAAGACACUCUAUCUUACUCAUCAUCAGGAGGCCAAUAUUGAGAUGCACCGAGAGUUUGUACUCGACGACAAGCAUAGCUCGUACCAUGGAUUCACGCGCUGCGGCACCUACCCACGCGAGUUUACAGGGGACACUGUCACACUUUCGUCCCACACAGAUGAUCUCAUCGUCAUAGUCUACGCCAACGACGAUGCUAGAUCUCGAUUUGCAGUGGGCCUUGGAUACUGCUUCGGCAAAGGAUGGGUGCACCUUGUCUAUGACGAAUGCGCUGUACCUCACGAGGUCAGCUGGACGCAAUGGUCAGACUUUGCUAGUAGCGUAUAUCAGCGAUUGUGGAAAGCACGCGCAGAACAUGCUCGAAGUAUGCCCAAACAAGAACACGACGAUGAUCUCCGCAGCGACCACUUUAUCAAGCAUGCCCACCUUCCCCGAUCAAUUUGGGCCGCCAGGGUAAUCUGGGGUAGGUGGGAGGCGGACAAUUACAAGCUUAUGAUCGAUAUUGACCAAUGUCCUGGUUGUUGUGAUGGGCCACGCGGAUGGACAACUACGUUUAGUUAUUGCGGUGGCCUUGGUACGCCGGGGCUCGUGGAUAUGAAUUGCUAUUCAUAUUGGUUGAGACUGGAUGGCCGGCGGGUCCAGUUUGAUGAGUGUUCUGGUCAACGGAUUGCGCUGGGUGAUUAUGGUGACUAUUCAGAUGGUGAUUUCAAAUCUGCCGGAAAUAUAUUUGAGGAUAUGGGGACCCUUGGCAUUGAUCUCACGGACUCACAUUAUCGCCCUGUGGUCUGCCGUGUCUCCAGCCUCGAAUGGCCAAUACCUCGCAUGGAGAAUCCAGUUGAUGUUGCUGUGGCGCAUCAUACUGAGGGCAAUCCCCUAGCUCUGCGUCAACCAAAGGGCCUCACACUUCCUGAAAAUGAACAUUUUGAGCUGCUCCUGAAGGACUUAGCCAUCCAUCUUGCAGGAAAACAUUUGGUGAUAUCAAUUGUGCAGUGUUCGGGUGUAUAUGGAGUUGACGGUCACAAAGAGCAAAUGGAUUCAAGGGACAACUCAGCACUGGACACCAAUAACCAUUCCACAGAGCCUGGGGUUUUGACUCCGCUAUGCACCAUUGCGACCCCACAAGUUUGGCAAAGAGAACUGCCUUGUGUACAGAGAAGGAAACAAUUUAAGAGUAUUCGGGAGCACUUUUACGUCCUCAUGAAUAUGCAUCAACCUAUAGGAAUCAAACCCCAUCAUAAGUCCGCGAAUAAGCAAAAGAAAGAUGGAGCGAGCAGGUUCUUCUCAGACAUGUUUGGUCUCAAGCAUCUGAGAAAUUAUAUUGGCGAAAUCAUGUUCUUCAGAAGUCUCCCCAUGGUCACAAAAAGCAAAGUUUCUGCAGACACCAUGGAAGAGGAUAGAUUACCGACACGCCCACCAAAAUUAUCAUGCACCAAUUGGGUGAUGACACGUACCCUAUUUAAGGGUAGCUCUCAAUCCAAUGCUACGCAAGACCAGUGCCUCGAAAGUGUGCUACCUCUAUUGCGCAGGCGCUGCCAAAUCCUUUGUGCAAAGGAUGAUGCGCCGCAUCGGUAUGCUAAUGAAAAGUCAAAAUUGGAGCACGAGUUGAAGUCCAUACGGCAAACUCUGAGUGCUCUCCUGCUCGAAGAUAUACGAAUUACUUUCUACGAUGCAUACUGUGAACAUCAGCCCUUUACUGGGGCCACAGGUAAAGCGAGCAACAUUGAUUAUAACAGGCAACUUGAUAUUCCUUCCACGGUUGAAGAGAUAGAGGUGCUCCAAAUGAAACUUGACAUGACGUUUGAUGAUGAUGAACAACGAGCACUGGAGGAGGACAUCACAGGAAAGGCAAAUCUUGUGGCUUUGUUGGUGUGGGAUCUGUGCGGAAGUGGACCAACUGUUACCGAAGGCAAGCCCACCCUUUUGUCUCGGCAGAUAUCGUUUGACGUGGUUCAGAUUGUGGAUCACAUUCGGAGAGAAGGAUAUAUGAUGGGUUUGUCAGAGAUUUCCAACAUUAUUUGUUGUGCAGAGAUCGAACCCGAUGACGAUCAAGUUCAUUUACAGCGGAUCAUGCUUGAUGCAGGAGCGGGGACGUCGAAACACCAAUUGUGGCUUGCCGCUCGGGCUGCAGAGGAAGCCAAGUGGUCAAGUACAACUAGGGACACCCCUACUAUCAACAACAAAGGGUCCACUCCAGAUACAAGCACUCAAACCCUCUCCCAACCAAUCGCUUAG